CUUACCAGAGGUUACUUCCUGAAUCAAUUUCCAUGUUCGAUUUCGUAUCAAAUUAGCGAAUCUGUGUAAUUGAUCUUAUACUGCUGGUGCUGGCAGUGUACUGUUCAUCGUUAUGGGGCUAUGGCUGUUCAAAAUCUCUAUCCUCAAGCAAAAGUUACAUUUGGUCCAUGGAUUCUAUUGUAACUUUGACAGAGAAAGACUAUUAAGAAAGAGAUGGAACGCAUUAUUAUUAUUAUUAUUAUUAUUAUUAUUAGUCGGAAUUCCGCUCUAGUUCGUGAAGAGGUUAUCCGAGAAGAAGCUUGGAGAAGAAUAAUGGGCGAUGAAUGGUGGGGUAUAAAUGAAGAACCCAUUACAAUCUAUUACAUGGGUGGAAACAUAGCUAUUGAAUUUGAAUCAGUUGCUAGAAAGGGAGUCAAAAUGGUCUAUGUAAAUGUAAUGCCAAGUGGCUCAUUGCAAUUAAGGAGUAUAAUCUGCUUUACAUUCAGUUCUUGCAUCGGCUCACACCCUUCUAAACCCCAAAUUUCUACCUUUUCAACAACCAUCCUCUUAACCCCUUUCAUAUAUAUUUAUCAACGCUCUUCUUCAUUAGCCCUAAAGCUUAUCUGCCUCCAGCGGCUGCUAUCAGGAUGCUGAAACUUUUAACUUGAUCAGUGGAAGAUAUAACUGCCUUAUCAAAGUAUGGUCCUCUGUGAAGACAUGAUGCAUAAAAAUGGAAACUAUCAUUGUGAAUCAGGUGUUAUGGAGGAGACUGGACAGCAAAAUCUUGAGUUAGUGCCUCCUAAAAUAGGAGAGGAUGGGAGCUACUAUGACUGUGUUGUUUGUGACGAUGGAGGGGAUCUUGUAUGUUGUGAUAUCUGCCCAAAUGUUUAUCAUCUAUGGUGCCUUAAACCGCCUCUAGAGCAUGUUCCUUUGGGAGAGUGGCGAUGCUCAAACUGCAAGGAGAGUAAUCCUUCAGUAUAUGCUGAUGAUAAAAUAGAGCAGGAUGUCAAAAUCUCGAAAAUGGGAAAGGCGACUAUUGCACCUCUUAAUGGGGAUGGUGUUGAUGAAGCCAGUGUGAGUAGAAAAGAGGAGACAUGCAGUGAACUGGAACAUCUUAAAGUUUAUAGAAGAAACAGGUUCAAGAUGCAAGCUAGGAAAGAAGAGGAUGAUGUUAAAAAGAAUAAGAGUGAAGCAAAUGAGGCGAGAAAUCUUCUCGCUGAAGAAGUAACUGGGAGUCUUCCGAACCUUUCAAACAUGAACACUACCACAUCGAAGCUUGUCAACACUUGUGAUGAUAAGCCAACAGGAAAGAAGGACAAGGACGAGAUCAUGCCUCUUGAUUUUCUUGCUGAUGUCUGCACAAACUCUCGCUUCAAAAAUUUAUGCGAAACGUCUUCCAUCAAAAAAGCAUUUGAAACCAAUAAGAAAUCUGCUAAUAUGCACAAGAAAAGUGAACAGAGAAAACCUUCCCAGAUCGCUGUGCAAUAUUUGGAAACAAAGACGACUUCAACUUCCUUAGCAAAGAGGCGGAGAUUUGAGAGACAGAAUGGUCAAUCUGACAUUAUUCAGGUCCCUAGUUCAGAUAGCUCGUCCCUACUGUCUAAGAAACUGGCAUCUCAAGAUCCCGAUACUGGCAAGGAUGAAUCAGAACUUACUCUUAAAGACUUGGUUAAUAAAAGAAAGGGCACCAUAAGGAAAGAAUGACCAAGAUUUUACUUAUUGGCUAAAUUACCAGAUUGUUGCAUCAUCUUUAUAUCCUGUCAACUUGGAUGAAGAUUUUUUAUGGUUCUUGUUGGAUUUGAUCUUAGACUGUGCUUGGAACUGUAAAAUCGGAUUUCAAUUCAAACUCUAAUUCUAUGAA